GGAUUACAAUAAUGGCCCUAGAAUUGUAUGACUGUUACAUUUUUUUUUCGCCUAUUCUUUUAAUGGCCCUUGAAUUGUAUGACUGUUACGUUUUUCUUUCGUCCAAGUCACGUGACUGUCAAGCUACAGGUGUCGUGAGAACAAAAAACAUGGCGGACAUUUCUCUCAUUUUUAGUGGAAAAAUCUAUAUUGUGAGUUAGUUUCUGCAUAAAAAUAAGUUUUGAUUACAUUUCUAGCGAGAAAUAUAUAUUUUAUUUUCAUAAUAUGCACUCAGUGAAUUUACAUAAUCACUCGCUUGCUCGAUGUUACGCAGAUUUUUCAGAUCUCGCCAGAAUAAUGUAAAACUGAUACGUUUAGGUUGCUAUGGUCGCUGCCAGGGCUCGUCACAUGACGUCUUCUACAGACUAUAAUAAAUAAGAAUAAAUAGGAAGAGGCAACAAUAAAUGAUCUAUGCCAGCGCAAGUCAAUAUUUAUCUGGCCAGUCAACUGGUUUUAAAUUUAAAAAAUCCCUCGCAGUCUGAACUGCAACAGCACGGUCUGCGGUGAGUUAAACAACGUUCAACUGCAGGAUCAAUAGCAUUCAGCGGUGAGUUUAACAACCCUCAAAUGCGGUUAAAACAACAUUCAGAGGGAAGCUUUAUUUAAACCGCGUUCAACUGCAGAUAAAACAACAUUCAGAGGUGACUUUAACAACGCUCCACGGCGCGUGGGAGUAGCAUUUUAAGCGUUUUCUGAUCAUGUAGGUAAGUGCUUUGAUUAACUUUAGACGUGAUGCAUGCUGGGUGGCAAAUAUUUUUUAUCGAAGGCUCGUUGAUGGUAAUAAAUAUACAUAUAAAUAUACAUUUUACUAUAAUACGAUUGUGUUCGAUUAAUUAAUGGGUUGUUUAAUUAUUAAUUUGUUUAUUUUAAAUCCUGUAAUUUAACAACUCUGACGUCAUCGAAUGCGACGAUGCCAAGGUCCAUUGCGAUUUCCACUCGGUCCUUCAACUCUUUAUACCCCCAUCACACACACACACACACACACACACACACACACACACACACACACACACACACUUUCUUGGUAAUCUGUAAGAAGAGGAGGCAGCAGCACCAGAGAAGACACCUGAGCCGAGGGUGCAUUGGAGACAAAGAGACACUGAUGUAAAUAUUGUCUAUGCAAGGCCAAGGUCAUGCAGGAAUCAACCAAAGAAAGGAUUCCCCUUUCAAAACAGGAAAAAUGGGACCUUUAAACAGAGAGCUUGCACCACCUUUUCAAACUGCUGAUCACAUUCAGAACACUGAUCCUCCCAAUGCUCCUGACACUCAUUGUGAGGUGGCCUUUGCUCCAGAGACUGUUGGUGACGAGGCACCACCUCCUGGAACCCCAAGAGAUCUUCUUCUGGCUUCCUCAAACUGGAGAACACGUCAAAGUCUCUUCAGAGAGGUGGAGGGCAGAGAGAGCCCAUCUGGUGAACACGGCUGUGGCACAAGAAAAUGUGGUAGCACACAUCUGCCUAAGGAAUGUGCAGUGGGAGACUUAAACAGAAGUGGGUACUGGCCUGCAACCCUUCAAUUCACCACAAUUUAUGCCAUAGAUAUCUUGUUUUCAUUUCAAGAAAUGAAGAUGGCGGCACCAGGACUGUCCUGUCAAGCAUUUUUUAAGAAUGCUGGAUCAGCGAACUGUCUGCUUUGGUCGUACUGGCAAGAUCUCAGCAGACAGUUUUCAGAAAAGUUUUUUGAGUGGGAGGCUGUGCGAUUCAAGGUGGACAAUAUAUGCAAGGAAGAGCCUUUCAUCUGCCCUGCAUGCACCCCAGAGAUGCUUGCAGUUUCAGUAGAUGGAAACCGCAAGCAUUAUCAUUUCAAGAAUACUGCUAGAUCUGAGGAACCGGCCAUCUUUGAAGGUGUCUUUAUAGCCAAGGAUAAAGAUGUUACCAGAUUUGUGGACUACAUUCACAACACAACCACAACGAAAAGCUUGCCAGAAAACAGGAUGUAAUCUGUAAAUAUUGGCCUUCAAUAGUUGUGAAAAGCUGUCCAGAGCUCCAGCACCUUCUUAAAGGAACACGCCGACUUCUUGGGACUUUAGAGAGUUAGAUAACCCCCAGAGUUAGAUAAGUCCAUACAUACCUUUUUCAUCUCUGUGCAUGCCAUAACUCUGUCUGACACACCCACUGCUAGCCUAGCUUAGCACAAAGACUGGAAGUAAAUAGCUCCAGCUAGCAUACUGCUCCCAAUAAGUGACAAAAUAACGCCACCAAUUUCUUAUUUAUAUGUUGUGAUUUGUAUCGUCACCUCGUGUACAAAUAACAAGGGCAUAUGAGACAUAAUCAUCUUUUAAUCGUAUAUAUACUGUGAACUAUAUUCUCAGAAGGCAAAGCACUGCUACUUGGGCAGAGUGAUGAGCUAACUC